AUGCACUACGAAGAGUACGAGAGAAGAGCGGCCCACUACCCUCCCCCUCCGCCGUCGGCCGGGGGUCGGGCUAGUCCUCCGCCUCCUCCCUUCUACACGUCUACGCACCAGCAGCAUCCUCACAGCCCCGUCUAUUACCCCACGGCGCCGCCUCCGCCACCUCCCCCACCCGCGCACUACGGCGGUUAUCCAGCUCCGUACGGCAGCGGCGGCUACUACGAUGGCCCUCCUGCGCCGAGUCCCUUUGUAGGAGGUUCGCCAGCACCGCCCCCUCCCUCUGCUGUUGCGCACCAUCACCACCACGCUCAUCAUCCGGCACAAGCCUACGAGCCCAAGAUGAUGGCUGCCACCCACCUUCAUCACCAUCAACAACAACAACAACAACAUCACCACCAGCAGCCCUUCCAUACCCAUCCACACCCGCACCACGUCGCGCCUGUCCAUCAUCAUGCGCCUCCCAUGCAUGCUAGUUCUGGCCCUGGACCAUUGAUCACGCCUCCCAUGUCGUCCGGCGGCGAUCAGCAACCGACCUACGUGGGCUACAUCAAGUCGUCGACAGAUGCCAUCUUGCUCCUCUCGGCCUGCGACCUGCCCUCGGACGCCAACACGACCAAAUCCACCUCGCCCCCCGGCGGCCGAGGCAUGACUAAUGCCUUGCCACCGCCCCGUCGGGUCACGAGGAGGCUUCUGGACGCCGAGAGGGCUGAGCUCGUGGCCAGCGGCAGCGUCUUUGUCUGGGACGAGAAGGAAGCCGGCAUGAAGAGGUGGACCGACGGCCGCGUAUGGAGCGCCAGCAGAGUCAGCGGUUGCUUUCUCACCUACCGCGAGCUCGAAGCACGGAAGAAGACGAAUCCUUCCUCGUCGCUCAACGGCCAUCCCGAUGGACCGACAUCGAACCAGUACAAACCUGAGGGCCUGAUCAAGCAGUCGUUUAGCAUCACCACCGCCAGCGGCCGCAAGCUCCACGUCAUCUCCUACUUUACCAAGCGUGAUGUUCGCGAGGGUCGCCUGCGCCGCGUGAGCGAGGAUCCCCGUUUCGUCGGCGAAGGCGGUGGCGAAUGGGGCUUGCAGAUCGACGAGGCCGAAUACUCGUUCCCUGACCUCGGAGGAGGCGGCUCGCACGAUGGCCAAGUGGCUGCGCAGCUGGGUUCCCAGCCCCCGCUGCCACCCCAGCACCAGCACCAGGCUCAGCCUCCGCCCCAGUCGCAGUCACCGCAUGCUCAGCUGCAGGCUCAGCCCACCCAGCCUGAUCGUCAGCAUUACUCCGCUGCUGCGCAGCACUCCGGAUAUCAAGAUGACGAAGUGUCGCUGGGCUCCCGAAGCGCCUCGCCGCAAUAUCCGGCUCAGUCACCCUCGUCAAAGGCUUACCACAAUGUCCCUUCUGCUGCCCCCGCCCUUGCGUCGACCACUGCAGCACCAUCGACGUCUCUCAAGAGGUCCCGUGACCAAGCGGGCGAAGAUGAUGAGGACGACGACGAAGACGAAGACGACGAAGAGCACCGGCGAGCCGAGAGGUACACAGCCCAGGAUGGGAGGCCUUCGUCCUAUUUUCGAGCCGAAACGAAUUCGACGAAGCGUCCGCCUGUCCGGCCGAGACUAGCCAGGGGACGGUCUAACAGCAUGUCUGCUUCCAUUGGCAACUCGAACAAUUCGCACCUUGGCGGCGCCGGUAGCAGCUCGACUGCUACCAACGACGGUCGGACUUCGUUUCAGAGCAACACCUCGUUCGCUACGACAGUCUCGACGGGCGAAGGCCAAGUACGGUCUACACUCGCCCACCAUGCCGCGCGAGUCUGCCAUUCGCGGCAGCUGUGA